CAAGAACUUCUCCUAUAUACCAUUGCAGGAUAAACACCUUGGUUCCCACCCUAGCGGUCACCAUCUCCUAUGUCUUCAUCUUGGCUGCAUCCUUCGCAUCAGUUCAUCAGAGGGCCGGUCCAAAGCCUUUGGCACCUGCAGCUCUCAUCUUAUGGCUGUGGGGAAUCUUCUUCAGAUACUGUUUAUGAGUAUUGGCUACUAUGAACCAUUCUGCAGAGACUGACUUCAUCCUUGAAGGCCUGACAAAACGUCCAGAGCUUCAGUUGCCACUCUUCCUCUUCUUUCUUAUAAUAUAUAUGAUCACGGUGGUGGGGAACCUUGGCAUGAUACUUUUAAUCGCCAUCAGUUCUCAACUUCACUCCCCAAUGUAUUAUUUUCUCAGCCAUUUAUCCUUCAUUGACCUCUGCUACUCCUCUGUCAUCACACCUAAGAUGUUGGUGAACUUUGUGUCUGAGAAGAACAUCAUCUCCUUUCUGGAGUGCAUGGCUCAACUUUACUUCUUUCUCCUUCUGGCCAUCGCAGAAGGCUACCUCCUGACAGCCAUGGCCUAUGACCGCUAUGUUGCCAUCUGCAGCCCACUGCUUUACAACAUUGUCAUGUCGCAAAGGGUCUGUUACAUGAUGAUGGCUGUGGUUUACUCACUGGGUUUCUUUGGGGCUACUGUCCAUACCACUCGCAUGACAAUGUUGUCCUUCUGUGGGUCUCAUGUUGUCAGCCACUAUUUUUGUGACAUUCUGCCCUUGUUGACUCUUUCUUGCUCCAGCACCCAUAUCAAUGAGAUACUGCUAUUUAUUAUUGGUGGAAUCAAUACCCUAGCACCUACACUGGCUGUCAUCAUCUCCUAUGCUUUCAUCUUAACUAGUAUUCUCCGCAUUCGCUCCACUGAAGGGCGUUCCAAAGCCUUUGGCACUUGUAGCUCUCAUAUUCUGGCUGUGGGAAUCUUCUUUGGGUCUAUAACAUUCAUGUAUUUCAAGCCACCUUCCAGCAAUAACAUGGAAGAGGAGAAAGUGUCCUCAGUGUUCUAUACCACAGUGAUCCCAAUGCUGAAUCCCCUAAUAUACAGCCUCAGGAACAAGGAUGUAAAGAAUGCAUUGAAAAAGCUAGUUGGGCUAAGGAAGUCAUCCUAAAAUUGAGAAAAAGUAAAAUAA